AUGCUGUGCCUCUCAGCUAUCGCAGUCCCCGUCUUUCUCGACACCGAUGACACCCCCAGCCACCUCGUCCGCCAAUGGGCCCGGACCUAUUACUACGGCCACAUCAUCCUUCCGGCAGCAUGCAUCGCCACCUGUGGUCUUUAUGUGUAUAUCACCUUGAACAAACGCGCCACAAGCAGGAAGCAUUGGCUCACCUACGCGGUGGCGGGCGUCACCACAUUCGCUAUGGUGCCCUUCACCUGGGUGCUCAUGACGCCCACGAACAACAGCUUGUUUGGGCUGGAGCAGGCGUCGUCCGAGACGACAGAGAACUUGGGGGCCGUGCAGCAGCUCGUGGUGACUUGGUCCUGGCUGCAUGUUACUCGGUCACUGUUUCCGAUGGUCGGGGCAAUCGCGGGGUUCCGAGGGUUACUGCAGGACCUGGGGGUGUAA